AUGUCGACGUCGCUACAAGAAGCUAUUAAGUUGCAGGAGCGUCUGUCCAAGCUCUCUGUCUGCGCAAUUGCAGAUGCCAUGGUAAAGCUGCAGAUUCAGUGCCAUCUCAUAGACGUAAAUCUAGUACGGGGUUACUCGUCCCCUUUAAACACGGAAAUAUGUGGUCCUGCCUUUACGGUGCAAGUGGUUCCAGUCAAUGGCCCCGCUAUAAAGAAGCUACCGUAUCAUUACGUGGACAAGAUUGAGAGAGGUCAGGUGAUUGUCAUUAGCGCCCCCAAUGGCAGCACUUCCAGUGUCUUUGGUGGACUGUUGGCCACGGCUUCAAAGGUUCGAGGUGCAGCGGCUGUCGUGACGGACGGUCGUGUGCGUGACGUGCAGGAACUUUGCUCCAUGGGGUUCCCCGCAUUCUCUCGAGGAACGUCAGUGCACGGUCAGCAAGGUACUACGACAGUGGUGGACGUAAAUUGUCCCGUGGUAGUCGGCAAUUGUGUCGUGCGUAACAAUGACGUUAUCCGAGGUGAUGUGAAUGGCGUUCUAGUCAUCCCUCUUGAACGUGCAGCUGAAGUGGCAGCGAAAGCAGAGACCAUUGAAGAACAGGACAAUAAAGUGGCGCAUGCAAUGAAGCAGGGCACAGGACUGCAACAAUCAUUCAAGCUCUUCCGCUCAAAGCUGUAG